GGGGAGGAGUUCAGUGAGCUGGGACAAUAUAAGGAACCUCCAGUCUGCAUGCUUUUGUUCUUCAUCCUUCUUCUCACUCUCAGUUUGUGGAAAAAGACCACCAGGACGCCAUGGAGAACAUGCUGCUGAAGAUGCUGGGAGUCCUGCUGUGUGCGCUGGCCGCCUGUGCAGAAAUCGCUCCUGCAGCUGACUUCGACCUGGCAAAGAUGGCUGGAAAGUGGUACACUGUUGGGUUUGCCACUAACGCAGAGUGGUGUGUGAACCAUAGAGACACCAUGAAGAUGGGGUCUACUAUCAUGACCCCAACUGAAACUGGAAACCUGAAGCUUUCCUUCUCUUGCCUAAAGUCUGAUGGUUCAUGCUGGAGGGCUACUCACGUGGCUAAGAAAACAGACACACCGGGACGCUUCAUUUUCCACAGUCAUGUAUGGAACGAUGACAAUGACAUGCGCAUUGUUGAAGUUGUCUAUGACAACUAUGCUCUGGCCCACACCAUUAAGACCAAGAAUGGCGUGCAGUUAGUCCUUAACAAACUUUAUAGUCGCACUACCCAGGCCAGUAAGGAAUUGCAGCAGAAGUUCAGACAGUUCUCUCUUGACACUGGUGUACUGGCGGAAAAUAUUUUGAUUCUGCCUCCAAAUGAUGAUUGCCGGACAGUCUAAAAAGUCCACUCCAUGUCUCUACAAGCAUCAUUCAACCCAUUUCCACUGCAAAACUUUAGCUGUUAAAAUAAAGACCAUACUGAAGAAAAGCCAC